CCCAAACACUUAGAAUUUUUUCCAGUCCCAAUUCGCUAUCGUUUAACGUAGCAAGAUCAACUCUCGUUUUUGCAAGAUAUGGCUCCCACGAGCUCUUCGAAAUCCAAGAGCCAUGCGUCCAAGCUCCAGGGCAUCAGCGACACGACGUUCGCAUCUCUAGGGAACCUCAUCAAGCUCCUCCCUACAGGGACGGUCUUCAUGUUCCAGUUCCUCAACGCUCUCCUGACCAACAAUGGCCAUUGCCACACCUUCAACAAGUACCUCAGUGGCUUCCUCAUGGGCGCGUGCGCCUUCUCGUGCGCCUUCUCUUGCUUCACCGACAGUUUCACCGACUCCGACGGUAUGAUCCACUACGGCAUCGCCACGGCUAAAGGGCUGUGGCCCACAUCGGCUGAGAAUUCCGGCUCGGUCGACUUGUCCAAGUACAAGCUCCGGGUCGGCGACUUUGUCCAUGCGCUGCUCUCAACAAUGGUUUUCGCGGUGGUGUCCUUACUGGACCCGAACACCGUGGACUGCUUCUACCCGUCGCUCGAGUUAAAGCGGAAGGUAUUGCUCCUGGCUCUGCCUCCCGUGAUCGGCGCGGUGUCUAGCGCGGUUUUCAUGGUAUACCCCAACAAGAGGCAUGGGAUUGGGUAUCCUUCUUCUAGUUACGAGUCCGACGAUCAAAGUGCUACCAAGGAGGAGGAAUGAUUCAAAAGAUAAAAGAAAAAAGCUUUUAUUUGUCAUUUGCUGGUCACUUAGGAAGGCGUUGUACUUCCUUUGAGUUGCGUGCUUGUGGUGUCUAAGUUUGGUGUGGUGUGGCCUUUUCAUAAUAUCAUAUGGUUAGGUGAAGAGUGGCAAGACGAGGGUCUUGCACUUGUCAUUGUUUUUCAGUUUAUGUUACACCACAGUAGCUUGAUCAGCGAAUUUAUAACCUUGACGGGUGAAUUAAGAAGCAUAAGAUCUCAAAUUCGAAAUUAUCUCCA